AUGGAAAUGAGCGAUACUUAUGAUGUAAAUGUCUACAAAAAUGUCAAAGACCACGACCUCCCCAACACACACGACGCGGUAAAUAAUGGUUACAAUUCAUCAACUUCGAAGGCUGUUACAAUUGCUAGUAAUAAUUCUGUAGAAAAGAGUAUCGAGACCAAUGGAUUUGUAUUAAAUUUGGAUAAACCGUACUACGUAUUCUGUGAAGACAAAGUGGGAAAGGAUGAAAUGAUUAAACCACUGAUUGACUAUUCAAUGACAAACUUAUACGAGCCUCUACAGUUCAUAAAAAAACACAAUAUACAACAAUAUGAUAAUUUGCAACCUUAUGCUGAUGUACAGCAAAAUAAUUUCUUAUACCACCAAGUAACUAGUGGUUAUGGCCACACUAAAGCUAGCCCCCAGUCCUCAUUGAGUGGUUAUGGCGAGCAAACCCUAACGCAUACUUAUAAUAAUGUCAUCCCAUACGAUACGCGCUACCAACAACAAUAUAAUGGCUACGAAUAUGCUAACUAUUCACCAAAUGUAAACUACAAUGGUGAUAAAAGUUAUACACGAGUAUCUGGUGACAAAUGCAGUACGGAAUCCUCAGAUCACAGCGAAGCCAACAAAUCUUGCAAAGACAUAGCAUCUAUAGGCGAUCACUCGACGGAAGAUCAUUCAACUAUUGAUAAUCACUCGGAUAAUGCAGUGUCAAAUGUAUUAACGGGUGAGACUGCAAAUGAAGAGGAUCUCCCAUUUGGCAACUUGAUAUCCAGAUACAGCGAUGUAACUCCGUGUUUGAUGCUAUCUAAUGAAGCAUCAAUCCAGUCGAAUGAAACCGUCCAAUCAAGUAAUCAAAAACAUCCAACAUCUCCACUCCAAGUUUCUACAACUGUCACCAACAACACUAGUUCUGGUCUCAAGUACGCAGGCUAUAAUAAUUACUACUACAAUGAUCAAAUAACACAACCAAUACAAAGGAUGCAGCAGAUGCAGGGGGCACAAAAUGUACACUUAAUAGACUAUAAAACAACAUACCUUCAACAAAUGUACAACACGAACGAUUUGCCAAUGGAUGCUAGUGUUUACAAUUGGCAAUGGCCCAUGUACAAAAUACCACAAAACGUAUACCAACAACAUACACACUCAAAUGCAAACUACCCAAGUAUGUAUAGCCAAAGAUUGCUAUAUAACAAGACAGCAGGCGGGAAGUGGAAUAUAGAUGAUUUAAAGGAUAAGCCAUCUAGAUUAUCUGUAAAACGCGGUAAAAAUUCAUCUGCUGGUAGGCCCAGACUAAAUAGGAGCGACUAUGCAUGUUCUAAGUGCCGCGCUAGGGCCACACCGCAAUGGAGAUAUUUGCACGGAGUGGCUGUAUGUAAUGCAUGCUACAUGCGAGCAAGGAAGGAAAGAAUGCGAUUAAAACGUAGUUGA